CACAAUCUACCGCAAGUGACCCGUAUCAAGGUCGAAAGCCAGUUAGAUUGCAUGGAGGUCGGUUUGAAAUGAGAUCUAGCAACAGCCGCACCGAGUACCGGAGUCAUUGUGAUGGCUCGGUGUGGCGUGUGCAAUAGAGUCGGCACGCAAAUGCGUGCUUUCAAGCUUCCGCGAAAUGAUAGCUUCGGUACAUGCUGACCCUGUCAGAACGCCUCCGGCACUACACGAAGAAGUGGAGACUUGCAGGAAUAUAUGAAAGUCAAUCCUUCCGCAAAUUGAUCGACAACCAGAAGCUAGACAACGUCAAACAUGGCCACGCAAGACUCAUCUUUGGAAUCUGGCAGUGAUGUCGAGAUUGAGAGGCGCGAUUAUCCAACAAAAUGGUAUCGAAGCACACUCUUCAACAUGACCAUCCUUGGUCUUUGCAACUUCUCGGCCCCUGGCAUUUGGGGUGCGAUGAACUCGCUGGGAGCUGGUGGAGCUCAAUCGCCUCAUCUUGUGAACGCUGGUAAUGCGCUUACUUUCUGCUUGAUGGUGGUUAGUUGCUACUUCAGCAGUGCCAUCGUGCACUACAUUGGCAUCAAGGGGGCGUUGAUCUUUGGAACAAUUGGCUAUGCCCCUUACGCAGCAGCUCUGUACACGAACAACCGUUUCGGCACAGAGUGGUUUAUCUACCUCGGAAGCGCACUUUGCGGUAUUUCUGCCGGCGUCUUCUGGAUGGCUGAAGCCGCCAUUGCCAUAGCAUAUCCUGAGCCCUGGAACAAGGGCAAAGCGCUUGGUUACUGGCUCACCUUUCGCUUGGGUGGGCAGAUCCUGGGUGGUGCUAUCAAUCUUGGACUCAACGCGGACCGCGACCAAGCUGGCAGUGUUUCGUACACUGUUUACCUCAUCUUCAUUGCGCUGCAGUGCAUUGGCCCCUUCGUUGGUAUUUUCCUCAACAAACCCAAUCAAGUCCAGAGGAAGGACGGCAAGAAAGUCGACUUGGCUAUCUUGGAUAACCCUUGGUUCGAGAUCAAGGCUACGACCAAGUUGUUCUUUACGAAGAGAUAUCUUCUCACUGUCCUUUGGAUUGGACAAGCAGUUUUCUCAGAAGCUGUCUAUUUCACAUAUCUUGCUUUAUGGUUUUCUGUCCGCUCUCGAGCAUUGGGGUCGUUCCUAUCUGGUAUUGUAGCUGUUACCUGUGGUAAUUUGCUUGGAUACUAUCUUGACCGGACCUCGAUACCGCUACGUUUCCGUGCUCGUAGUACCUUCUGGACCAUUGUAGUUCUGCAAGGCGCCUGGUGGUUGUGGGCUACCAUCCUGGCUACCGAAUUCCGCUCGACGCAACCAACGUACGACUGGUCGUCGCCUGGUUUCGGUCGCGGCUUUGCAGUCUUCAUUUUCCUGACGGUCGGCUUCCAGCUCAACUACCUCUUCUUGUAUUUCUUCAUUGGGCAGCUUGCAGAGAACGAGCCUGAAGUUAUCCGAUAUGCUGCCCUUCUCAGAGGUACCGAGUCUGCAUGGCAGGCGGUUAGCUACGGAAUCACCUCUGUCACGGUCUUUGCUGAGGUUGGAGCUAUUUACUGGAACUUCGCACUAUGGGCAGUUGCAAUCUGGCCCGCAUGGCUGGUGCUGCGGGAAUUUGGUGAUAAGAAGACUUUUGAGGAUGAAAUCGACGCUAAACCGGUACAAUCGACAGUGGUGGAAUCGCAGAAAGGGGUCAUAGAUUCGAAGUAAGCAUAGAUUCUCUCUGAAUUAUAAGAGAAGGAAGAAGAUCUAGGUGGCGAGUGUUGAAGACGGCAUGGUAGAAUUUAGAUGAGAUUUACUA